AUGCCACGAACACCAGCGGGACCCCACCCGUUCCAGAGGCGUCUUCUCAAGGAGUACCAGGGCUUGGUCAAGGCCAACUUACCCGGAAUCACCAUGGUGCAGCAUGCAGACACCAUGUCGGAAUACAUCUUUCGGAUCCAGGUUCAGCACAACCCGUUGUACCCCGAAAACGACAGGUACUAUUUGAGUGUCCGCAUCACCCGCGAGUAUCCCGUGGACUCACCCCAGGUGCAGUUCAUCAAGUACGAGGAGCUCGACGAUGAGGAGGCGUCGGAAGCCAAAAUCCCCAUCCAUCCCCACAUCUACUCCAAUGGCCACAUUUGUCUCAAUUUAUUGGGAGACGACUGGACACCUGCCUGCUCGGUGGAGUCGGUAUUGUUGAGCGUGCAGUCGUUGUUGGGAACCAACCAAGUGCUCGAGAGGCCUCCCGACAACGACAGCUACGUGCGGCAUGCUCCGUUGAACCCCAAGCUGACCAAGUUUACGUACCACGACGACGAUGUGUAAGUGUGGUCAUUAAUCUAACUAUGAUUAAUCGCUAUUGGAGUGGGGAAUCAGCCAUGGUUAAUGCUUCUAAGAGUGUUUUCCUUUCUUGAUUUAUUGAGGUUAAUGGGCCGAAAUUUGUGGUUGCGAACUUUGCAGCUGCAUCAGCCCGUGGGGGCUAUCUGGACUGGUGAUACAAAAAACAGUGAGCUGAUAAAAACCAGUAAUAGGUGCAACAUUCCUACUUUUACCAGAAUGGUGUAGCACCCAUAGUACUACCGAAAUAGGUGUAAAACCCGUUUUUCUACCAGUAACGCUGGAGCAUCCACACCGGUCUGGAAUUGAUUGGAUUGCAGUGAUCCACUCGUUCCGCAACUAAUCGGCAUGUUAUAGAU